AUCCAGAGGAGCCUCGGCUAUUUUAUUGUAGACUUCCUCCCUAGAGGAGCUCUUAAACCACAUAAGCCCUAGUCUGCCCAGCCUAAAGAGAAUAUCACCUCCGCCGUUUGGACCGAACCACGCGAACAACGGAGAAGCAAACGGUGGCCGCCAUGGCAGUAACUGAAGUAAACCCUAACACCAAUGUCUUCGACGAAGAAGCCAAAACCAGGAAGAAGAAUCGAAAGCGAAAGAGAGAUAAGAAGAAGACAACUCUUUCAGAAGAAGAAGAAAUUGGAGAGGAAAGGGCCAACGGAGAUGGAACAGAAGAGGGAGAAAUGGAUGGCGAGGAAGAGAGAGAAGAAGUUGAUAGGCCUAUCAGUGAGAAAAAGAAUAAAAAGAAGAACAAGUUGAAGAGAGAGAAAAAGUUGGUUGAGGACGAAGAGGGAAGUGGCGAAGAGAGUGGGGACGACGAGGAGAGAGAAGAAGAAAAUUAUGAGUCGAAGAAUGAGAAAACGAAUAAGAAGAAGAAGGUGAAGGUUGGGUCUGGAAUUAUGAGUACGGAAUCGUUCGCGGCGUUGCCCGUUAUAUCCGAACUCACCAUGAAUGCUAUUAAAGACCUGGGUUUUCAGUACAUGACUCAGAUCCAAGCUAGAGCAAUCCCACCACUACUGGAACACAAAGAUGUUCUUGGAGCUGCAAGGACAGGCUCGGGAAAGACGCUAGCCUUUCUUUUGCCGGCCGUGGAGUUGUUAUACCAAAUCCGCUUUACUCCUCGCAAUGGGACGGGUGUCAUCAUUAUUUGCCCUACAAGAGAGCUUGCCAUACAGACACAUGCUGUGGCAAAUGAACUUCUCAAGUAUCACUCGCAGACUCUUGGCUUGGUUAUUGGUGGUUCAGCUCGAAGGGCAGAGGCAGAACGAAUUGCGAAAGGUGUGAAUUUAUUGGUGGCCACGCCUGGUCGACUUCUUGAUCAUCUUCAAAACACCAAAGGCUUCAUAUAUAAAAAUUUAAAGCUCCUUAUCAUAGAUGAAGCUGACAGGAUUUUGGAGGCAAACUUCGAAGAAGAAAUGAAGCAAAUUAUUAAGAUUCUACCUAAGAUGAGGCAGACAGCUCUUUUCUCAGCUACCCAGACCAAGAAGGUUGAGGAUCUUGCACGGUUAUCGUUUCAGGAACGUCCUGUCUACAUCGAUGUGGAUGAUGGGAGGACAAAAGUCACUAACGAAGGCCUGCAGCAAGGCUAUUGUGUUGUGCCCAGUGCCAAGAGAUUUGUUCUUCUGUAUUCCUUCUUGAAGAGGAACCUCUCAAAAAAAGUGAUGGUUUUCUUCUCUUCAUGUAACUCAGUCAAAUUCCACUCAGAACUUCUCAGAUACAUACAUGUGGAUUGCUAUGAUAUUCAUGGAAAGCAAAAGCAGCAGAAAAGGACCUCUACUUUUUUUGAUUUUUGCAAAGCAGAGAAGGGCAUCUUGUUAUGUACCGAUGUGGCUGCUCGUGGCCUUGAUAUUCCUGCCGUGGAUUGGAUUGUGCAAUAUGAUCCCCCAGAUGAACCCAAGGAAUACAUUCACAGAGUUGGUCGAACUGCCCGUGGUGAAGGUGCAAAAGGAAAUGCUUUGCUUUUCUUGAUUCCGGAAGAAUUGAAGUUUCUUAGUUACCUUAAGACUGCAAAAGUGCCUGUUAAAGAGUACGAAUUUGAUGAGAAUAAGCUGGCAAAAGUGAAGUCUCACCUGGAAAAGUUGGUGGCCAACAACUAUUAUUUAAACAAGUCCGCUAAGGAUGCGUAUAGAUCUUACAUAUUAGCAUACAAUUCACAUUCUAUGAAGGACAUCUUUGAUGUUCAUCGCCUUGAUCUGACGGCUGUUGCUGGUUCAUUCUGCUUCUCCUGCCCUCCAAAGAUACAUCUAAGUAUAGACAGCAGCGCAUCCAAGUUCAGGAAGACGGCGCGUAAAGUUGAUGGAAUCCGACAUGGAUUUAGUGAGAACAACCCUUAUGGGAAGCAAAAAGGUGAAGAUGCUAUUCGGCAAUAUGUAAGGUAUUAGCAAAACCAUGCAUCAGCAAAAAUGCGAGACUUGUUCUCCAAAUUUUUUUUGUGUUGAGUAAUUUUCCUUCUCAAUGAAGUGGCACUAUUUUUUGUUUUGUUUUUUUUUUUUUAUUUAUUAAUUUAUUCCUCAAUGAUGUAAUAUUACACUGAUUUUGAAAAUGGGCUCCACUGCAAUGUGCUACAAAAUCUC